ACUGCUCGCACUCCAGAUGAUUUGUGAGUCUGCGCGAAAGCGUCUGAACGCUGUGUUUACGUUUGGCUCUUAAAGGGGACGCAACACAAUUCUCCAAAAUGGCCGCUGUGCGGCUCCAAUCUGAAAGGUAGACUUCCUACAGCUUUAAGAAUAAACACGAUGUUUUUAAUUUCUGUAAUAUUGUAUCGGUUAAUUUAAGAAAAGUUUUAGUGUAUCGUGGCUGAACCUGUGUGUGUAGUUUUAGACGAACUAGGCGCAUUAGCAGAAAAGCCCCACUCUUUGGACGAAGGCCUCCCUCCUGCCGUCACCAGUCUGUCUUUUAUUCCUGUUUUCCAGCAAGCAUUCUAGCGUUUUUGCGGCGUUAAAGACGGAAUAAAGUGAUUCACCUGCGAUGGAAUGACGACGGAAUAUAUUAGAAUUGAAAUAAAAGACAAAAAAAAAAAAAAAGCUGGUGAACCACAAGGCCGCAAAUCAGACCUCGGACCCAGGUGCACCUGUCACCCCGAGAAAGAGGCAGGAGGAGCGGGGAGUCAUUCCCUUCACGAACACGGAGCUACUGGAGAGCUCCAAGGUGAAGAAGAUGGAGGAGAUAAAGACUGAAAGUUCGAAUAAUGUUGAGGAAGUGAAGCUGCAAGAAGAAGUGGCGGAAGAUCCUAAAGGUCCAAAGAAGAAAGGGCGCCGGAAAAAAGAUGUUAAAACCCCAAGGCGGCCGACUAAAAGGAAGAAGCCCCCAGUGGAGUACGUUCGCUGCGAAAUCGAAGGAUGUGGCACCGUUCUGGCGAACCGUCGCUACCUAAAGCAUCACAUCAAAUACCAGCACUUGCUUAAAAAGAAGUACGUGUGCCCUCAUCCCUAUUGUGGAACGCUUUUCCGCCUACAAAGGCAGCUAUUUCGCCAUGCCAAGCAACACACAGACCAGAGAGACUACGUCUGCGAGUUCUGUACUCGUGCCUUCAAGAACGCCUACAAUCUGGCUGUGCAUCGCAUGAUCCACACAGGAGAGAAGCCCAUCCAGUGUGACGUCUGUGGCUUCACCUGUCGCCAGAAGGCCUCCCUCAACUGGCACAUGAAGAAGCACGACGGCGACGCCUCCUAUCAGUUCCCCUGCUCCAUUUGCGGCAAGAAGUUUGAGAAGAAGGACUCUGUGGCGGCCCACAAGGCCAAGAGUCACCCGGUGAUGCUGAUAUCCGAAGCGCUCGCAGACAACGCCGGCACCCUCAUCACAAACCCCGCGCCCUCGCCGGAGCUGCCGGGAGAAGCGGUGCAAGUGGAGGUGGCCGGCCUGGAAGCCAACCAAGUGGUUGAGGAUGAAGUCGUGCAGCAGGUGGUGAUCAAGGAAGAAUAUGUGGAAGAGUAAGUGGCUCAGGUAUCCCAGAUGAGUCAUGUGUCCCCAACAAGGUCAGCAGGCAGCUCUGAUGGACCCUCCGUGCCACGCGGGUACCUGUGGACGAGCAGCAGCAGUCUCACCCUCAGCUCCAGACCACCCUCCGGUCCAUUUAGCAGCCCCCACAACUUACCUUCCAUUGCCCCUCAGUGGUGACCCGACACACCUUGAAGGUACAUUACCACUUACAGUGGGACCUCCAUUUACGAACUUGACUGGUUCUCGAACAGGGUUCGUAAAUCGAAAAGUUCGUAUAGUGAAGCACAUUUCUCCCAAAGGAACAAUGUAGAUAUGAAUAUUGUGUUCCAGCCUCGACAAAAGUUCAUGUUUUAGUGAAGGUUUGUACACUUUGAACACAAUACAAAGUGCUACACAGUACUGUAUAUCAAACAUAACAAGGAGGUGAUGGAGAAACUUUCUAUUUAUUAACAACAAGCUGCUGUCUUCUGUAUGCACUGCUCUGCCAACAAGCGCGCACACACAAAAGUCCCUUUGGCGCCCUCACAAAUGAUCAGAAAUGGCAAAAAUUAUUAACUAGAACCAUCAUAGUCUGACUGUCAGGUUCAAACACUGAUGACAUCUAUUAAACAAGACAAGAAGCAAAGAAUCAAACAGAGACAGAAUUAAAUUUGGACUCAAUUUUGAGGAGAGACGCGGCCACUGUACUCUCUGCACAGUCUUGCACCACGCUCUGCCCAAAGAUUGCACUCCUUUAUUUGACUUUCUCCCCCCACCUGACCACAGCUGCUUCCAGAGGGAAGUGGGUCGUAAACAGCCUUGCCUUUGGUUACCAAACAGUUCAAAAGGAGAGGUCGUAAAAUAGUUCAAAAAGAGUUCCAUAAAAUAGUUAAAAAAUGGUUCGUAAAAUACUUCAAAAAAAGUUUGUCUGGAAAUUGGGCAGAUCCUGCCAUCUGUCCGCUUUGAAGUCCCAGUGGAGUUUUACGAGCCUUCCUCCUGGUAGGCCCCCCAAGACAGCUCCCGUCCCCCGGCCAGGAACUCGAUGUAAUACAAAGCUUUUGUGAUAAUUUAGAAACAAUUAUUCUAACAUUGACAAUAAUAAACAUUUAAACAAGUUAAAUCCACUAGCAUAAACAUCGGCAUAGGAGGAGCUGACAAGAAAGGAGGGACCGUUGGGGGCGGGGCCUUGAGUGUGUGUGCGUGCCUACGCUGUGAAAUAAGUCUACUUAGGCAUCUUUUGUUCCAUAAAAUUGUGGUUUCAUCAGAUUUAAAACUUGCUGUAGUACAAAGCCUGCUUUGUCGAUUGUUCCAUACUUCUGAGUGCCAUUAAUGCAAUGUAGUCCUCCACGGCGAGUCAAUCAAUCAAUCAAUGUUUAUUUAUAUAGCCCUAAAUCACAAGUGUCUCAAAGGGCUGAGUCCCGACUUCUUUCCAUGUUGGUCUGUCUUUUUGGGAUUCAUAUUGAGUUAGUAAGAUGGACAAGAGAUCAAAAGGGGGGAAAAACACAGAAAAGACGGACGCUAAAGUGCUGAGAAGUGACUACCCUAUUUUCCGGACUAUAGAGCGCACCCACUAAAUUUGAACAGAAUAACACGCAGAUACUGUAUAUUCAUUGUGAAAUGAGUCAUUUAUACAGAAAUAUUUUUUAAAUGUUUAUCUACAUACCUCAAUUGUUUCCAAACGGCGUGUGUAACACGGCAGUAAAACAGAUGAUCAAACAAAACAGAAGUCAUGGUCACGGACACGCUAGCUGCGGAAGCUAGCUUUUCAAUCAGCGAAAUGGACUCAAUAACUAAUUUUGGUGAAUUUACUGAGGAAUUUGUGAAACUGAAACAAUACAAACAGAUGCCAUUGUAAGUUGAUAAUAUUAACACAGACACUCGUAAGGGUGUUGGAAUAUUAGCUAAUGCUAACAAUGCUAGCAUCAUCACAUUACAAUAGCAUGUACAAAUAUGCAUGAAAACACUCCUACAGACAUCACACGUGGGACGGUUUAGUAAGUAAGAAUUGUUGUAGUUAAAUUGUAAAACUUACAAACGUUACUUGGAGUGAUGACUGAAGAAUCCGUACGAGUAAAAACGCUAUGGACAACUAGAAGAUGCACUUCUACUUCCGGUUGAAACCUUUAAACAGCAGGAAACACUGCAAAGGUACACCCAGCAGCACCUGCAGUGAGCAAACUCGUCCAAAAGAUGGCGCCAUAGCACGAACAACACACCUUUUCAGUGUCUUUGCACGUGUUUUAUGAAAACUUUUUGCAUUUUGGCUGUCAGAGAAAAGAAAUUCCCCAAAUUUAUAAGCCGCGGGGUUCAAAAAAUCAUUGCUUAUAGUCGGGAAUUUCAGGUAGUAAGUAGUGUACGGUGCUGCAAGUGGCGUGGAGGGCUGCGCUUCCCCAAAAAUGGCGCCUGCAGGCCAAAAUGAAGCGUUGGUACACAGCGACAUGGUUCACACAUAUUUGGCUCCAUGUAAAAGUUCAUAAAUCAAGAAGUUGGCAAAUAGGUUGGUUUGUAAAUCGAAAUUCUCUGAAUUUAACAUUCCUUUUUUUUGAGGCUUGCUUUUCAUUUUUAGAGUGAAUAGUGGGAGGAAGCUACUGGCAAGAGAGGACAACACUGAAGCUAAACUGUUUUGCACAUUACUAAGGAACCUUGCAUGCGUUGAGUAUUUCAGCAGUCGUGUUGUUUGGAUGUACUUAUUACUUGUUUCAGUGUCACCACUUUGUCUUUUUCCACCAAGAAAUGUCUAGUUCUCUUCUUUCGACAGAUUCCUUGUGGAAGGAAGUAUGUUGGAAGGAACACAUCUUACUUACAUUCUCAUCUGUUAUUGAUGUCAACUUACUGGACUGAAGACGCCGCAGUAAGUUCAUCCCCCGUCCUAAGUAUGGUGACCUUUACCCUUCUCUUCUCCAUCACUGAUACACUCAAAAGACAAUUUAUCGGAUUUAAUCUUUGUUAUCAGUUCUCUGCCAACUGUGGAGUAAGAGCUAGUUUGUUGCGGACCUGCCGCUACCUCAUUUGGUCGCUAUGUGAUGGACCAGACUCGUGCAUUGUCUACUUUUGAAGAAAACAUUUUAUACUUCUCCAGUUUGGUUAUUUAUCUACAAAAUAAGGCGUAGAGGAGGGGUGUCCAAACUUUUUGAUUUGCAGCCGCAUUGGGAUAAAAACAAUUGGUCGAGGGCUGAAAGCCAA